CGCGACACCCUCGGCUACGUCCUGCAGUACGUUGUUGAGUUGCAGCGCCGCCUCGCUGCCGGCACGAGAGACGCCCUCGACGGCGGCACGCCAUCGCCUGAUUACCUGCCGUUCGAGUUUCGAGCCCUCGAGGUCGCGCUCGAGGCCGCCUGCACCUUCCUGGACGCUCAGGCUUCGGAUCUAGAAAUAGAGGCAUACCCCUUGUUAGAUGAAUUAACCUCAAAGAUCAGUACUCUUAACUUGGAACGGGUGCGUCGCCUAAAAAGCAGGCUUGUCGCUUUGACUCGGAGAGUUCAAAAGGCUAGAGAUGAAAUUGAGCAAUUGAUGGAUGAUGAUGGUGACAUGGCCGAAAUGUAUCUCACAGAGAAGAAAAUGCAUAUGGAUUCAUCACUUGAUGGUGAUCAAUCUUUACAUGGGUCCAGUUCUGCUGGGGAUGGAGUAUCAGUUUCUUCUCCAGUUUCACCUGUUUCACCACCAGAAUCUAGGAAGCUCGAGAAGACCUUAAGCCUUUCGAGGAGCAGAUAUGAGAGUACAAAAUGUUCUGACAGCACUACCGAGAACAUAGAGGAGUUGGAAAUGUUGUUAGAGGCUUACUUUGUGGUCAUUGAUAGCACCCUGAAUAAGCUGACUUCACUGAAGGAGUAUAUUGAUGACACAGAGGAUUUCAUCAACAUCCAGCUGGAUAAUGUCCGGAAUCAAUUGAUCCAGUUUGAGUUGCUACUAACGACAGCGACGUUUGUUGUUACCAUAUUCGGGGUUGUUGCAGGAAUAUUUGGCAUGAACUUUGAGAUAGCCUUAUUUAAAGCCCCAUCUGCAUUCCAGUGGGUGCUAAUGAUCACUGGAGUAAGCGGUGUAAUCAUUUUCUCUUUGUUCCUGUAUUAUUUCAAGUAUAGAAGAUUAAUGCCCUUAUAAGUAGUCAAUUGCGGUCGGAGAGUGAAAUCUCAUCUCAAGCAUUAUGCUGUGCAUUAUUACGGUAAAAAUUAAGUAAUAGGCCAUUAUUUUAUUAUCUUGUCCCAUUAUGUAUGAAAUUCAGUAUUUUUGUGAGAAUCAAAGAAAUAUUUGGAAUAA